UGCUCAGUACAGACAAGCACCGCUAAACAAAGGUGACUGGCCCUGCCUGUGUUCCGGAGUGAAGCCUGGCUCUACCGCAGUGGAAACAUGUCCGCUGCACCGCCUGUCACAGACCGGCAUGUUUUUAACCGACGUGAACGUGAGGAGCCCCCGGCGCUGAACCGGAGAGGAGGCGGACACGCAGCUCCACGACAGACCGCACCACACCUCCAGCGUCACCGGGCUGAUGGCAGCCAGACCCGACCUGGACCACCCAUUGAUCCCAGUGCCGGGUGGCCCCAUGUGGACGACCCCACCACCAGAGAGCCUCAGCUGGAUGACUGUGAGCGGAUGGGGACUUUGUUUGGGAUGCUCAACAAGUGCCUGCGAGGGAUGGGCUUCAGCCAGAUGUACUUUGGAGACAAGAUAGUAGAGCCAGUGGUGAUUGUGUUCUUCUGGCUGCUGCUCUGGUUCCUGGGUAUUCAGGCCCUGGGACUGGUGGGAACUCUGUGCAUCAUCAUCAUCUACAUCCAGAAGUAAUGAGAGCCGACGAUAAGCAAAGCCUGCUGUUUUCUUUGGUUAAUACUUACACAUGCAGGACUGUAAUAGCAACGGAUGUCAUGACGGAAUAUUAGGUGGAUCUAUGGUUUUUAGGGGGGGGGGCCUGUGGAGAGGGCUUUACUGCUCUGUAGUGAUAGAGACAGACGGACCUUAGCUGCUUUCUGGAAAUGCUGUAAAGCUUGUUGAGUCAGGAUUCUUCAGGAUUGUCUGGUCUGGAGCGUCUCCAGCCUCAGUAGAGAGCAAGCGAGCUGUCCUGCUGCCGCUGCUGACGUGACAUAAUGGUAUUGAUCCUGUGAUUUAAAGGAACCGAAACCCAUGGUGGGAAAUGCUUUGUUUCUGUUUGAGUCAGAGGCCAAGAGUUCCAGUGCUCAGGAGAUCAAACUGCACCCAUCUGUGUGGAGUCUCACACUUUGCUGUCAUACACUGUGAAUGUGGCGUGCAGGCACAGCAGUAAUAUGACUUCAAUCACUAAGCGUGGGAAACAGUGUCUGGAAGUAAGCUGACACAGAAUACAUAAUUUGUUCUUUUGAAACCUUUUUUGCUGUAAAAUGUUUACUCUGUGAGCAGUUCACCAAGCGCUCUCCAACAGUCUGUCACAAAUUCAUCUCUUGAAAUAACCUUUGAUUAUCUUCUGGCCCACCAAUCACUGGUGAAGAAAUAAUUGGCCUGUGGUCCAAACUUACUUGUGCUAUGUAUGCACACUAUAUUCUGAUGAAUGGAAAAGUGGUUGAACAAAAACGUGUUCAAACAGACCUAUCAAUAGCCCUGAAAUUGCACAUGUCUAAUAAAUACAAGUAGAAGUCUUCUCAAGGGAGUAGUCAGAAAUGUGAAGAAUGUAAAUAUGCAAUUCUCACAGUCAUGGAAAGGUUUGAAAUUGGUAAAAUGGAUAAAACUUAAAACUGGGAUUUGCUUUGGAAAAUGUGUUCAACAGAUCAAAUAUUCUCAUUCCAAUUCAACUGUGGAUUGACAGAGUACCUUUGUAUACUGGGUGAAACUUACAGUAACGUACAGUUUGCUUUGUCUUCCAGUUAGUCCAGUUAAUGUUCAGCUGAGGGACUUUACAGUGUUAAUGUUUGCAUAGCGCUGGCCGGGUAAACUGAUGAUGUCAAGAUAAGCAUAUCACCCUGGAUGUUUCUUAGGGCUUUGGUUACAUUUCAAAAUGCUGUGUAUAUUCAAUAUGUAUUUUUAGUCUGCAUGACAUUUAGGUUAACUGGACCUAUCGGCCUGUUUUAUUUAAGGGGGAUUAACUCUAAGGGCCCUAACUACCUGGAACAGGGCAGUGCUGAGUGUAAUGCGAAUGUACCCGCCUCCAUCUAAGCACCCAUGGGUGUGCUGGUCUUAAAAUGAGGUGUGGUCAGACACAUUUUUGGUGCAUGAUAUCUUGAGGCAGUGGAAAGAGACAGUGGUGCAGAAUUUGACUUUUAUUUUAACGCUCAUUAUCAGAGAGGGAUAUGCUUUUACAAAAGCAGAUGCACAACUAGUGCACAUUCAGCUUGUUAAACAAACACACACACACACACACACACACACACACACACACACACACACACAUACACGCGCGCGCAUGAUCUCUUUUAUCUGCAGAGAAAUGUUCUCUCCUAUUGCCAGAAAGGUCCACCAUCAUAAUAUGAAUCCAUCAAGGUCCCAGCUCACCUGGCUUAUAAAGGGAUUGGGAGCUGGUGCUCUGAUUGGUUUGUUGCAUGUUACUCCCAAAACACCCAUUUCUUAAAGGAAUAGUUCACCCUAAACACUUUUGGAGUUUCAGGGGUAAACAGCAUUGCAGGCGUUUUGGGUGAACCAUGCCUUUAAGAGACUAUAAAUACACCUUUGGAACCAUGAGCCUGGCACAGUGACAAUGUUUCCUGCAAUUAAGCAAACAGAAAUGGAUUUGGAUGCAAACUAAAUGCAUUCUUUUCCAUGAGUUUAUAUCAUUUUAAUAGAGCCCUGAAUGCCUUUUUGAAUGCCCUGGGCAAGAGGAUGAACCUCAAAUGGCCAUCAAUGUGGUUGUGGGAUGUAUAAGUAACAUAUCUAAGUAUAGAAGUGCUGCAUGAAUGUGUGUGUGUCAGUAGGUGAAUGUGGCUCGUGGAGUUAAGUCCUUUCAGUGGUCUUUAAGACUAGAAGAGCCAUUUACCGUUAACCCCAGACUCCUGCAGUGCCCCCCACAGGGUCACCUGGGUUACACGGCCAUAAGCCUCCUGCAAGUUUACCAAACACAUGUUGUCUGGAUGAUCAAACUCCCAUAAUCCCCUUAGCACUCCUGCGAGGGUAAAGAGCUGGUCCAGUGUUCAACGGUCAGGAUGGAAUGUGCACUGUUCCUCCUGAAUCUAAAGUUUGACAAUCAGUCUGAGCCUCCUCUCCAGUCACAGAAAGACCAACCUAAAUGUUUAGUGUUCUGUGGGACGUGUUGUUGGAUGGAUGAUUGUUCUGUUUUUGUUUGAGAGAGUCGUUCUCGAGCUUUAAGUCAUGGUUGACUCCACAGUUGCUAACAUGACCACUAUCGUUUAUGAGCCAUAAGCAAGUGUACAAGUUCCCUAAACACGAUCUGCUGAAGUCACCGAGAGGAGUCAACACUUAACUGCUCUGCUCAGAUUAAAUACAUUCACAUUUAGCAUACCUUAAAAAUAUUUGCAGCAUCAUUUCUCCCCAAAACUGUUCACUGUAAAUGGUUGCGUAUGAAUGUAGAUGAAUUGUGAAACAAGGACAGUAAAUACGUAACAGUGUGGGAACACGAGGAGCUGGAUGUUAGUUUGGUUGGCCUUUAAUUGUAAUGAUAGUCUCAGGUAGUUUUUUACAGUUAAUCACAUUUCACUCUUCUGUUGUUUUUGUACAUUGUGUUGACAUAUCAAAAUGUGCAGGCGUCCAUGUGAACUGAUCACACACUGUAGUCAUCUCACUGAUUCUAAAUGUAACUGCUGAGUACAGGGGAAGCAUUACCACUCGCUCACUGAAACUCAUGCUGCAUCGGCCCUUAAGAAAAAUCUAUUCUUUUUAUCAUAACUUUGUUUGUAAGGCAUCUGUACUGAGAGAUUUAUGUGCUAAAGAAAUGUUGAAUUUAAGUGCACUUUGUAUGAUUAAAAGUGAGCGUUCCUAAAAAUGUU